AUGGAUUAUUUAUUCUUUAUUGUAUUUAAAAAUAUAUAUAUUCGAAAUAAGAUAUUGAUAGAUUGUAGUAUUAGUAGUAUUAGUAGUAGUAGAAUUAGAGGAGAAGAAGAAGAAGAAAGGAAAUAUGUAAAAGGAAAGAUACUUUCACAAUCACUUAAAAGUGGAAGAUCAUCACCUUCAAGAUUCGAUGCAAUCGGUAGAUUUGCACUACCAUGGUCAUUUGUAUCACAUUAUCUACCACAGCUUGGUGACCAAGUAGAUGAAUGUCAUCUGUCAAUGUCACUACAUCAAUACAUAUCACACAAGAAUGCAACUAUUGAUACACUUGCAAAACUUUUGGACUGGGUUGGUAAUCUAUUCGAACUGAACCCACUUGUAUUGGAUGAUGUUGCGGAACGAGGUAAUGAAGAGAUGUUGCAACUGUUGGAUGAUCGAUUUCCUGACGCUGUAUGCUCUGUCAAGGCUAUGAAUAAGGCCGCUGCAGGAGGACAUCUUGGUAUCGUAAUCUACUUGCACAACUAUCGAGAGGAAGGGUGUACAACCGACGCUAUGGAUUAUGCUGCAGCCAAUGGAUGGUUGCAAGUGGUUGAAUUCCUACAUACACACCGAUCAGAGGGAGCUACCAACAAAGCUAUGACCAUGGCUGCCCGUAAUGCUCAUCUCAACAUUGUACAAUACCUUUUUUACAACAAGUGUAUACGCAGCAGCAGUGGUUGUGGGAAUGAUAUUACUCUAGUCACGACUGAAGCACUCAAGAUGGCAAGUGCUAACGGACACUUGGAGGUUGCCAAUUGGUUAGAGACGGUCGGCGGAAAAUGGACAAACAAAGCAUUGACCGACUCAAUGAUGAAUGGUCAUCUACACAUUUUAGAGUAUCUAAAUUGGGAUACUAAACGGUUGACUGAAAUAUUUCUGAAAUUCUUCUCUUCGUCAUCAUCCGAAGAGGACGGUAUUAAUGUAAACUAUUUUGCACUAGAAGGUCAUCUCAAAGUAUUAAAGUAUCUUGUACACAAGUUUAAGUGUAGUAGUAUUAGUCGUCAUAUGAUGGACAAGGCUGCUCAUUUGGACGUAGUUACAUACUUGCACGAAACCAAGUCAGGAGGAUGCACAUCAGAUGCUAUGGAUUGGGCAUCUAAAAAUGGUCACAUUGACAUUGUAAAGUACCUACAUUUUAAUAGAACUGAAGGUGCAACAAAGAAUGCUAUGGAUUGGGCAGCUGAAAAUGGUCAUUUAGAGGUGGUACAAUUUUUAAGUAAAUAUCGACAAGAAGGAUGCACAAAAAGAGCAUUGGGAAAUGCUGCCAAAAAUGGUCAUGUUGAAGUGGUACGUUAUUUAGAUGAGACCUAUGGUAUACCAGAGGAAGGAGGAGGAGGAGAAGGAGGAGAAAGAUAUUUGGAAAAUACAUUAGAUGAAUGUACUAGUCAUGGAUCAUUGGAAAUAGUCCGUAUUCUUCAUAAAAAAUACUCUUCCUAUUUAAAAGUCACUACAAGGGCAAUGGAUCAUGCAGCUGAAAAUGGACAUAUUGAUAUUGUAAUGUUUCUUGAAAGAAAUAGAACAGAGGGUUGUUCACAGGCAGGACUCGCUCAAACAGCCUACAACAACCAUUUUCAAGUAUUUAAAUACUUGGCUGCAUCGUAUCCAAAGCUACUGGCCGAUUCUAUCGAGGUAUGCAUGUCACAUGCUGCAUUUAAAGGGAAUUUAGAUAUGAUUCAAUAUAUCUACUCACUUGGACCAAAAGAUACUACACUCUCUAUUAGAGCACUUGGAGUAGCUGCCCCGAACGGACAUUUAAAAGUUGUAGAAUGGUUUCAUAAUAAUUUUCAAGGUGAAAUUAUAAAUACUAGAGAUUUUAUUAGGUCAGCAAAUAAUGGUCAUCUACAUAUUGUAAAGUUUUUACAUUUAAAUAGAAGUGAAGGAUGCAAACCUUUAGCAAUGAGUUUAGCUUCAAAAAAAGGGUAUCUUCCAAUUGUUAAAUUCCUAAAUGAGAAUAGGACCGAAGGUGAUUUAAAACAAUCAUGGAGAGAAGCUCUUCAAGGUGGCCAUUUAUCAACCAUGCAGUAUUUACUCGAUUAUUCUAAAACAAAAACUACGAGUACAGACAGCAAUUCUUGUAGAAUCGACAAGAAUGAUGUAGAGGUUGAUUUAAUCAUGCCAAUCAUGGAAUUGGGUAUAGUCAAAAUACUAGAGUUUCUCCACAAGAAUGAUCUCAUUCCUGAAAUGGAUACAUCUCGAAUACCCCACCCCUCUAUUCCAUUCUUUAAGUCUAAAGGUUAUCAAUUUAAUGGUUGGGUGGUCUCUAAUUAA